AUGCUCCACGUUGCACUCGGGGCGGCGGAGCAUGCGUCGGUCAGGGCCGCGCUGGACGCUACCCGCCCGCAGCCGGCAGCGCUCGAGCCGCCGCGGGCCAGGGUCAGGCCGUCAGGGAGGCCCUCUCCGCGGCCCUCGACGGCGCCCGAACAGCAGCUGGCGCUGCAAGACCUCGAGAGGCCUCCCAGCCUCGCGCCGCCACCUGGCGUGUGGGAGCUGCCUGCGAGGCUGACGGCGAGGAGGGCCCGCAGCCAUCCUCCUGGCGCAGCAGCUGCGUCCGGCGAUGGGCAGGAGAUGCAGAGCAGCUGCGCCAAGAAGGACAAGAAGGUCAGGAAAGACAAGACAGACAAUCACUACAAGGAGCACAACAGGAAGGACAAGAAGGAGAAGAAGCAGCAUCGCCACCCGAGGUCGAGUGGCUUGGCGGAGGAGACGGAGAAGGUAGACACGCACUUCUUCUACAUCGGCGACGACAAAGAUGCGGCGCAGAUGAAGGACGACACCGACGUGGAGGAGGAGAUGACCCUGAGUGCGAGAUCCGAGGUGCUGGAAUCGGGAUCCGCAUUGCA